AACCAACCAAAGCUCAUCAUGGCGGGCUCCUCAUGGCGUCUGGAUGUAAGCAUGGAUAACGAUGCAAGAGGAUAAAUCGAAAAAAAAGUGUCAAAUGAUUCUCAUGCAAGACAAAGAUAGGUAAGAGCAAGUGUUAAUAACUGCAUUUGAAUUAAAUUUGAGCCACUGCCACUACAUUUCUUUUGUAUUUUAAAGCUAAAACAGCCUAAGAACGCGAAUUUCAUUCUUGAGCGUGAGUUGUUGUUGGUUGCCCACUUGAGGAAUUCAAGACAGUUCUGUUGAUGUUUAAUAGACUUGAAAUAGUGAAUAUAUAGCCGGACCUUGAUUUAAGUUUGCCAUUUGACGGAAAAUGGUUGUUUAUAUGACCACUGCGUGAAAUGUUAAGCAACUACAGAAUGCAAGGCCAAUUAUUUAAAGAAGCGUUUAAAGGUCUUACACAGAAAUAGCUAGGUGGCUCGCUUGUCAUAACAAGCGUUUAAAGAACGAGAAAGGUCUAAGACAUAUAUGUAUAAGACAGACGUCAACACUCCAAGUAUGACUAGAAUGCAGAAAACCCAACCCACUAACUAUUUAACUAAAAAAACUGCUCCCACAGUACUUUUUCUUUUGGCUUAAAUGUUUCAGCAGGCAUGCCCAUUUGUCCCCCACCGCCCACUCCCUGAACAUUUGUCAUGAAUUGAGUGCUGUGUGUCCACAAAGGGCAUUCAGCUGUAACAAGGAGGCGAGGUUAAAUCUAUAAAAAUCAAUGAUUUAAUCCUGGCGCUGAUGCCAUAUAUAUUAUGGGUUGAGUUUGCAGCUGGUUUUCUCUCUUGCUCUGAGAGGUUUUUCUCCGGGUACUCCAGUUUUCCCCUCUCUUCAAAAACCAACUCUUCCAAAUUCCAAUUUGACCAGGAAUCAGGUAGACGAAGAACCAAUAAUAUUAGUGGAUGUCGUACCCCUAAAUCAUUUUUUGUUUAUUUAUUUGCUUAAAGACCAUAUACUGGGCUUACUAUAUAUAAAAUAUUUAGAGAUAUGAAGAAUUAUGCAGAUGUUGGAAGGUGUUUUCCACCUCAGCUUUUAGCCUUGGUGGAUAACAACUUGAUCUGCGUAAUUCUGAGGGGGACAGGAGGGUUUGUGGUGAUGUGGCUUUGCUCGAUUUUUGGCGCGCUUUUGCGAAAAUUUUUAUUUUAAGUUGCAGUAUUGCGGUUUGUGGUAUUUAGAAAUUUCUGGGUGAUUUCAAAGCGGUUUGCGGUUUUCUUAUGUUAUUCUGUGCGGUGUUUAUACAUAAUCCUGUGGGGUUAUUUGUAUCCCUCUUAUGCCUCCCUCAAUUCUUAAUAUCCUACUCAGCUUCAUUCAAUAAUUGCUUUAUUAUUCAUUUAAAAUAACUCCAAGUUUAAAAACAAGCUUAACCUGCUUACCUCCAUCAUUGUUAAAGUGCCCAUCACCUAAAAUUUUUUAUUUUCUUAUCUGAAACUAUACCUUAUUAAAAUAACUUCUGCGAAAAAAUUUUGCGAUUUGAACAAAACCCGAUUUUUUUACAAUUUUUUGAAAACGUUCUAAUUUGCCGCCAUUUUACACACCAUUCGUCUUAGUCUUGUCUCGGAGUAUGACGUACUUUAAGGAACACGUGACCUUAUCGACAGGAAAACAUUAAGAGUUCUGAUAGGUUUUUCUUUUUCAGAAAAACUUUCUUCUUACGAAGACAUUGUGAUUCAAUCCUUACUUGAAAUUUAUCUUUUUUGUGUACAGCUGGUGAAGGAAGGGUAAUGCGAGUUCCUUAAUUUACGUCACAUGACGUCAUAUGUGAGCUUGCUAGUUUGCAUGAUCAGCGGCGCGAGUGUACCACAAAAAUGUAGACUUCAAAAAAUUGUAAAAAAAUCGGCUUUUGUUCAAAUCGCAAAAUUUUUUCGCUGAAGUUAUUUUAAUAAGGUAUAGUUUCAGAUAAGAAAAUAAAAAAUUUUAGGUGAUGGGCACUUUAAAUGGUGCAUGUUUAUUGGGAAGUUUAGGAGAGAAAGGGUGGUUCAGGUAUGCAAAUAUACUCCAAAUAGCAGAAUAAAUGUCCUCCAUUGAGGUGUCUUUUGGCUGUUCUUGCUAUGUUUUUAGACAAUAGUUUGCCGUGAAAUGAGUAAAAUGUUCCACCAUUACUCACUUGUCCCCAGGUCUUUUUGGUUAACAAGACAAUAAUCUGCAACGUUGCCGCACUUUUGACAUCAUCGGCUCAUUUAAAUAUGGCAAAAUUGUUCCAAAUUUGGUCAACAAUAACUGGUUGUGAUGAAUUAUGCAUGUUCUUUUAGCCAAUCGGAAACUGAGAAAUAUUUUGAAUGAGUAAUAAAUAUUGAUAUGAUAUUUGACUCUUCUUUUUCUAGUGCUUGAAAAAUUCCGGACAAGCUACGCUGCUGGAGGCAUGGCUGGACAGCGUCCUUUUAAUUUUAACCAAACUGGUUUAAACUUGUUACCUCUACUUGGGAGUCCACUGGGAAAUCCCCAGCAGCUUUUGAGUCAGUUACAAGGGUUACGAGCUCCUCGGUCAAACAUGGGUCUAGGAUCAUUUGGUCAAGAAAGUUAUGGAAGACAGAGAAUGCAAAUCACUGAUGAUCAUUUCAGAAGGGAACUGCCGGACUUCGACCGUAGAGAGAGGUCCUUUAGAGAGCCAUACAUGAGAUCUCAGGGGAGGUCAGGGGACAAUUACUCUGGCGAGAAUCGUGAUAGAGUUCAUGGGCUGAUGGACAGGGAAGUUCCAGUAGAUUUCCUGUUCCCAGAAAUGGGCUCAGAGAGAAAUGAAGAGAAAUAUGGAAGGGAGAAUAUGGAGAGGCAAAGUUAUGGUAUGCACAGCAGAGGCAGAUCAAGGUCACCUGUACGAUCUAAGGGAGACAUAAGAGAUAGGCAAGUUAGUCCUAGCGACAGAAAGUAUGGAUCCAGAAAUGACUUAGCCGUUCCCUGGAAUGCAUUGCUUCGCCGCCAUUGUUAUCUUGUACCCCCCUUAGAUGACACCUAUGUUUUGGCAUUAAGUGGGAAACAACCAGGAUGUCGUGCAGUCUUUAUUGGUGGUCUUCCAAGCAUGGCUGACGAAGACAUUGUCAGGGAGAUUUUCAGUGUCUGUGGGCCUAUUGAACAGAUAAGCUUAAACAGUGUCCGAGCAAGUACACAAGUAAAACACUGCCAAUUGCGCUUUGUCAAACUUGACUCUGUUGAGAGGGCAGUAAAGUUCAAUGGUCAUGUACUGGUCAUUGGAGAUGGUCGCGACAGAAAAACAAAAAUUGGUCGCAUUCGUGUUGAUUAUGACAAACUGCCCGGGGGUAGUGAAGAGGUGCAAAGUGGCAUGGUAGUCAAGGAGAAAGUGCAGCUGCCUCAAGAUGAGAAGGAACAGGAUUUGAGCUUUGAGUUUACACGCAAACAGGCUUUCCAUCUUCUGGACCUGAUUCGUCAUGAUCAGGCCUUAACAGAGUCACUUGGUACUUUAACACAUUGGUUUGAAAGGGGAGAGUGUAACCGUUCUACAGUGAAUGUGUUCCAUGCAUUGCUUAACACUGUCAAUAGUCUGAUCAAAAGGUUGGGGAGCAGACGGAAGGAGCAUGAACAACGUGUAGAGAAACAGAAACAACAGGCUGUGGAAAGAGGCAAUGAAAUCAAACAGCAAUGUAAGUUAAGUCUUUAAUGCUUAACAUUUAAUGCAAUUUGACAUAAUGAUAAAUGUCUCAGUAAUCACUAUUCAGGCAUAAAAUAAUGCAUGCAGGAGAUUUUCUAAUUCUAAUCAUGUUAUAUGCAAGGGUGUACCACAUCACAGCAGAUGUGCAAGUGUUCCUGUGCUUAUGUUGAAAUAUAGUCAAGGUGUGAGUGUUAAGCAAGUAAAAUUAAUAAUAAAAAAAUAAUAAUAAAGAUCUGGGGUCAGCAGUUUUAAAGAUGGCACAUGACAGCCAUUUUGAAAGCCUCCACUGACUGCUUUUUCUUUUUGGUAAAGAGUUCCAGUCUCUGAUUUUACGUGCAAUAAAACUGUGUAAGUAUUUGGUUGCUUGGAACAGACUUGAAUGAAUUUCUUAGGAUGGAAUUGUGUAGUGCUCUGUCACCUUAUAACUUGAGUAAUGCCACUUUCCUUCUUUUCUCAAGUUUCUCAGAAUUUUCUUGACAAUUCCAGGAGUGGUGCUAUAUUCAUUUUUAACAAAGCGUGCAGCUCGUCUUUGCUUACUCUCAAUGUCCUUCAUCUGUUUUUAAAUUUGUGGAUCCCAUGGGUAACAUCCACUUUCAAAUCAGAGGUUAUGCUAAAGGCAGAUAGGCUUUCUCAACAUUUUCUGGGCAAAUCUUAUUUAGAUUUGCUAAGCAUGAAAGAAGUAAACAACAAAAGUAUCAUAUUUUCUCUUGUAACUGAAACGUGUAUAUUAAGUGAGAUUGUUUAUCUUGUCACUUGAUAAUGAUGCGACAUGAAACUUUGAAAUGGUGUGUACAUACAGCUGUAUGUGUGUAAUGAAAUAAUCAUUAAUUUGUGGCUCUUAUGUACUACCAUUAGGUGAAGCUGUAUGCAGGGUUUUUGAAGCAGCAACGAAGCAGAAAGCAUGGGAUCAUUUCACAAAGGCACAAAGGAAGAACAUCACCCAGUGGCAUGGUGCCAUAAAAAAUGUAAGUGUACUUAGUACUUUACUGUUAUAAAGUUUAUUUUGCUGAAUCUUCCCAGGCUGCUCCAGUAAAGUUAGAUCAGAAGGCAAAAAAAUUGUUACAGUGGAACCUUGAUAUAACGAACCUUUGUAUAUGGAAGUCCUCAGUAUAACAAACGAUUUUCUUUACCCCAGUAAUAGUAAAGCAUGUGGAAGAGUACCUUGAUAUAACGAAACCUUCUGAUAGCGAAUAAAUUUUGCCAGUCCCUUGGCACUUUGUUAUAUUCAGGUUCCACUUUAUUAAGUAGGCAGCAAAAGAUUAGAUCAUAAUCCAUGCUUGGGGUACGUAUAUGUGGGAGGAGAGCUGCCCCAUCUUGCAUGAGGGAGUCCAGGCACCUCUCCUGGAGUAUUGUUAAUUUUUGCCGCCCUGAAAAGUACAUAUUAGUGGAUUUUUAGUGCGUGGCCAAGGAUAUAAUUUUGCCAUCAGAAUGGCACCUUUGUUUCAUAUUUUCCCCAUCUUCUCUAUAUUUUAUAUCAUAUUAUGUUUUUUUAAUCAAACAUAAGCGUUAAGACAAAUAUGGUACAUCAGAUUCAUUACCCCUCUUUAAAUUAAUUUUCUGUGAGUAGCCAGCUCUUCUGUGAAAUGUAGAUGGGAAUUGAUUGGCUUUCUCGCACCGUUUCUGGAGAACUUUCUUAAAGGUGAAAUUAUUUACCCUUACAAAAUGUCAGUGCAAGAUUAUGAUUUUCUGCUUACAGCCAUCUGCCUUGUUAUCAGUUGCAGCCAUCAACCUUCAUUGCCUUUACUGUUAUUUAAACCGCUCAGAACAGGCCACUUCUAAAAAAACAGCAGCAACAGCAAAUCUUUAAUUUCCUUUAAAAGUUAUCCAGCUUUUACACAAUGACAAUGUUACAUUAAUAGCAUGCCCAUUUAGCACUCGCAUAGAACAAUACAGUGAAACCCCGCCUUACGGCCACCUCAGUAAUACAGUCACCUUGCUAUUCAGCCACUUUUUUAGACGCCUGGCAAAAUGGCCAUACCUUUUCUUGUAAAAGAAGUCCUUGUUAAUACGGCCAAAUUUUUUUGUCCUCUUGUUGACCGUACUAACAGGGUUCCACCGUAGAAUACAAAUUUAAGGGUUGAACCUAAUUACAGACUGUUUAAAUACCCGCAAUCAUUGUAGUUAAAGGCAUUUGUUUGUUGUAUCAAAUGUUGAUAGCAAGUGUUAACAUAUAUGUAUUGUUAGUUGCUUGAGAUAAUAUUCAUUCAGAUGAAGACUUGAAAUGGUCGUUACUCCACAAGUAUCUUGUUGAGUUUCUUUUUUCCGAAAUUUCCUAAGUAGACAAAAGGAAACGCAGACCAUGCCAAAAGCUAAGUUGUAGACUUUUCAUCAAAGAGCUAAUAUUCUUAUAGCUGUCAUACAACUCUUGGCCAACCUUGUACAUCUUCAGGUCUUUUUACUGACUUUCCUUGUUGGGUAGGUUAAAGGUGCUAGAAAUUCUAUGAUGCAUUCUUCAACCAAGACUCCUCCUUCUGUAGGUUUACAGCUGUAGUUCUAUUGAUCGCUUACCCAAGAACAUGAACAUUACCAACAUUUAGUUGUUGUUAAAAGAUAAGAAUCAUAAUAUCAGGGAGGUAAGGGUGGUGCAUUGCUGAGAGCACUCACCACCCACCAGUGUGGCCUGGGCUCAAAUCUCACAGUCAACUCCACAUGGGUUGUGUUAUGUACUCUUUCUUGCUCCAUGAGGCUGCUGGUUUCUCUCUCCUCAUUAAUCAAUAUUUUCAGAUUCCAUAUCAUUUGAGAGCAAGGAUGGCACAGUGCUGAGAGUGCUCACUUCCCACCAAUGUGACCUGGGUUCAAAUCCCGAUGUUGACGCCAUAUGUGGGUUGAGUUUGUUGUUGGUUCUCUUCCUUGCUCUGAGAGGUUUUUCUCUGGGAACUCUGGUUUUACCCUAUUCUCAAAAAACAACACUUCCAAAUUCCAAUUCGACCAGGAAUCAGGUUGGCCAAGAACCACUUUGUGGAUGUCCUGCCUCCAAAUCAUUAUUUAUUUAUUUACCAGUCUAGGAUACAUUAGGCAAAGAAGCACUUUAAGGAUGUGCUACAACUAAAUGGUUAUUGAUUCAUCAUUUUAUUAAAUACCUUGCCACUUUUUAGUUUUUCAUUGACAAGUGUUACAAAAUAAUGUGAACAUAUUUUCCCCCGCCUCUCUUUGAUAAGUAUUAGUUACAUCUGUGCGUGUAUGGGUGAUAAGUUUGACUGUCUCCUUUGGUUUGUUAUUUGAAAGUUGCCAUGGUUAACACUUGCUGGAUUGUUACUUAAAACAAAGUACAUGCUCCUUGCAUUACACAGCAAUUUCCUAACUGGAGUCUGAUAGUCCGUGCAGAACACAAGAAACAGCUUUUAGUACCAAAUGAUUUCCUUGAGAAACUGAUGUUUCUCAGUUGUUUAGACUUUUAAGGCCUGUUGAAGGUUUGAUUGUUAUCACCACACACCCACAUUUUGGCAGUAACGUAGCAUGCUUCACUCAAGUGCCAUUUAUUUUUCAGUGUGGCGAGUGUUCAUGGGGUGUAUUUACUUCCCACAGGGAAAAAAAAUGUUACAUCCUUCAGUGAUUUUGUUAUCUCCAUGUCCUGUGUCCCUGAAGCAUAAAAAUCCUCAAAGACACAAAAUAAUUUGUUGUAUUCAUCCCAUAGGACGCAGAGAGAGAUCAAUUGAUCAAUCUAAAGAUGUUUUUCUAGAAUCUCCUGUUUGUGUGAUUUCUGUGCCUGUGCUGUUCUUGUGGCUGUUGUUAAACGACUCAUUUCUUUUAGUCUUUGUUGUGCUUUACAAUAGAAGGAGUAUUGUACAGUACCGCAAGUGAUCCCCAACCGCAAAUGAUCCCGAGACCGCAAAUGAUCCCCAAAAUGGACCGCAAAUGAUCCUCGACCGCAAGUGAUCCCCAAAGACGACCGCAAAUGAUCCCGAAAGAAAAAUAGGAAUGGCUUAGACUCGAGUUAGCGGAUCGUCGUGACGAUUUUAUUAUUAAUACAAAAAGUAAGAUUAAACGCUAAAUUUCAGUUCUUAAAUAAAUACGUAUAUACAUGAAAAAAAACUAAAUGAAAAAAAUCAUUCAAGUGUAAAACGAAGUCGGUAGGCAACACACGACUUUUAGCUCAUGCCAAAAUGCUGCUUGUUCUAAUGACUUUUUUUCUCUGGCGGGUAGAUUACACCUGAAAGCAUAGGCGUACGGGCCGGGGGGGCGAGGGGGGCUGCAGCCCCCCCAAAGUUUGGGCAACUCAGAUUUUUUGGGCAGCACGAGAAAAUUUGGGCAAAGCCAGUUUUUAAAGACGUCUCCAUGUUUUUAGUAUUAUUUUGAAGAGAUAAAUAUAUUCUAUUUUAACCUGAAGUCGGCGUAAUAAUACAGUUACAUUGACACUAGAGUGUCUGCCUAGCACAUGACGAGUUUCUGGUUGUAAGGGAAAGGUAUCAUAUGCUGAUUUUCUUUUAUUGUUGGGCACUGUACUGCAAUGGGCUAUCUAAUGGUGAAUUUAUUAGAAUAAACUUCCGCCUAACUUUCUAGAAUCAUCUCCGCUCGUAGAAGAGCGUAUGGCAGAUAGCACCAGCAAUGGGUCUUAAAGUGAAGAAGUGGCUGAUUAAUUCUCAGUUUGAAUUGCGAGAAGAAUCUUGAUUUUUUAAAAAAGUACAUCGAGCGGUUUAAAACUUAUUCAAUAAUUUGUUAAAGUAGACUGAAAUGCUUACAAAACCGCUAACAAGAGCGCCAUGAUACAUACUAAUCAAAUCCUUCUUUGUAGCAAUUGGCCGGGGCUAUCUCCAUGAUCUAUCACCCACGUUUUUGAAAAGAUUGAAACUACUAUGAGGUGAAAUUGCAUGUCAAAAGUGCAUCGUUUUCUACAGAUAACGGCCAAACAUUUUUCCUUUUUUUUACCGUAUUUCCAACGAUAAAAACUUUAUCCCAAAAUAUCUCGAUAAUGCUCUUACAGAUUCCGUUUUAACGUCACGAACAUCGAGGCGACUAUUGGAGGAAAAAGCUCCUGUGAUCGAUUUUAGAAGAACAGUUCCCAGAGAGAAAUAUUGCUGCAAGUAUAAUAAGUAAUGGCUCCAUUUCGUUGCUACAACAACUCCGAUGUCAUUGCAACCCUGAUCACAACAAAUUUUCAUCUUUAUCUAAUACACCUGUGGUGGCAACUUUUCCAAAUGUUUGUUUAUGGCGACGUAGUUUAUGCUCAAACUUGGCAGGUAUUGACCCUGAAAAACUGUAUGGAGCCAUUUUCAUAUGCCAGUACGGCCUAUCUUGUUACAUCGGCUCUCGUUUCUGUUCGACUGUUUUGUAAAAAUUUGGGCAACUUGCAAAAAUUUUUUGGGCAAAUGGUUUACCGCCCCCCCUGGCAAAAAAUAGCCCGUACGCCUAUGCCUGAAGGAAAACGUUUUGACUGAGCAAAUGUGAUUUUUGCCGCUUAUUUCAUACUGAGAGGUCAUGACACGCAUUUUCUGCGGUUAUUGUUGUUUGUGGUCGGCAUGAUUGUUGCCGCGGCCCUAUUGUUCUCGCUAUCGCUUGUAGCCGGAGCGUUACUCAAUGAGCAUUUCUUUCACCUCUUUUGAAAUGCAAUGCUUCUCGUUCCGGCUAAAUAAGGGUUUUAGGUUGUUUAAUUUUCUUUUAAGUGCCUCAUGGAUCCGAACAAUUAUAAGCGACUUUCUUUUAGUCCGUGAAUGUGACGGUUCCUACGAUGUUUUGUCACGCGAUAACUACCGCUUGCCUCGCUUUUGCGUUUCUCAUUACCAGGUUUAGAUUCCUGGUAACUGUCUACAGCAAAGGCAAAAAAAUGGAUAUACAUAUAAGCGUCAAUAUAACUAUUCGCAACAUGUUCAUGAGCUGUAGGCAAGUUGCUCUUUCAAAAUUAACCGAAAACUGUGGACAUCGAUAAGUUCGGUGGCAUUUUGACGUGUGUUUAUUUCAAAUCACGUCUUGUUUUUUAACGGGCACUGCCAGGCCUGGGGCACUCAUAAGUUACUAACCAAUGUCUUGCUGUUUAUCACGUAAAAUUUACACUUCAGAGAAAAAUCAAAACUAAAUAUUCUGAAAAUUAAUUCGAUGCUUCUGAAAAGAUAUGUAGAGGGUGCCCGGCUUUGUAUUCGUCAGUAGACAAGUUGAGCUUGGGCGUUAAAAUAAUAGAGUUUUUUCUGCGUAACGUCCUGCCUGUCUUAAAUUUUCAGCGACGAAACAGUUCUUGAGAGAAAAUUGAAGCAAUUGACAAAGGAAGAAGUAUACGGUUGAUACCAUAUCCUCUUCAGAUUUAUUCUACUUUUUUUUCGCCUUGUAUAAAUUGACCUGAGAUGUAGCGUCCUCCUUCCCUUUUUCUUUAGAAGGUGCGAGAAAAAGGUUCCUUUUUUAUAAUCAGUCCUUUUUUGUAAUCAGUCCCAUAAAAUCCAUUCCAUUCCUCAAGUUUUCACGGGAUCAUUUGCGGUCAAGUUUGGGGAUCACUUGCGGUCGAGGAUCAUUUGCGGUCCAUUUUGGGGAUCAUUUGCGGUCUCGGGAUCAUUUGCGGUUGGGGAUCACUUGCGGUUGGGGAUCAUUUGCGGUACUGUACAGUAUAUUACUGUAAUUUGGAGUUUUGGAGUCUGUCUUCAGAUUAACUGUGUGGUUACAAAAGGCCCUGGGACUCAUCGUUUUUUGAACUGGGGCUCAUUGGUUCUGGACUGGGACUCAUAAUUUUUCACAAGAUGAGUCCCGGGACUCACCAUAACUAUUAUUUUGUAACGGAAUCACUGAUCCUUUCCAGUCUAACCCCAUCCCUUCAAAACCAUUCGAGUGCAAAAAAGUAGCACAUCACUGUUUACGUGGUCAUUCUGUAGAGUACGACCAUCCAAUAACUGCUGUGGCUACAUUCCCUCACUCCUUGAGUGAAUUGGAAGACUGUGAAGGUAAGUCAAUAGCAGUUCUCACUGUUAUCAUUGUGUGCCGUCCCCAGGAGAUCAAAUCAGCCAAAGAGGCUGAGAUCGAGAACCGUGUCGAGGUAGGUAUGGAUCUGGAUGAUGAAGUGCCAACGCUUGGCGGGCUUAUCGAGCAACCUGCACUGCAGACAUCAGAAGAGGCGGAAAACCAACAGGAUCAAGAGGAAGAUCAAACAAGCCUACUGACGACAAAAGCCAAGAAGCGGCGAGUGGAAGCGUCAGGUACUGUGUCAUUACACCACAGGCAUCUAUAAAUACAAAUUUACUCCUAAAGGUGGGUGAGUUAAUUAUGCACAGUGAAAACCCUUUGAUUGGUAACGGGAUGGAAUUCGAUGUGCUGCCGUUAAGAAGCUGUUAGCAAUAUGCCUGGUCUCUCUUUGACCAAGAGGACUGUUCCUGAUAUACAAUAUCACUUGUUUGAAGCUGGUUGUAAGAGAUUCAACUCUGUUGAUCUUUCUGUUGAACCAGGUACGUUUUUCCAGCUUCUUCCCCUCAAGGGUUACGUGAACGUACAAUAUGAAGCUGCUCUUGUGAGCUAAGUUUUUUGAUCAGCUGGAAGCUUAAUACUGAUGCUCACUCAAGCAAAAUUGGUCUGAUCAUGCCGGUAGUCGGAGUUAAGGACAAUUUAAACUACUUUUAUAGCUCAAUGCUGCAGUUAUUGUCACUAAGUACAGGUUCAAUGAGAACGUGACUAGAGCUCUUAUUUUUCUGUAGCUUGCGUCGGAAUCUUCACUAGACACAUGUGAUGAGCGCAGAGCAAAAUUUAUUUCAGUAGUCGAUUAAUCACGUUUUCAAAACCCUCAUCGUGUCAUUUUUUUCUUGAUAUCCUUCUAUUUUGUCUUGAUUGUAACUUGCAAAGUCAUCUUGGCUACCGCCCUUAGGAAGUAAUAAGUCAGUAGAAGUAACAUAUCUUAACAGUUAAGUGUCAACUCUUCUGUGUAAUCUGUCAGUGGAUAUAUCUGUUAGCCUUUGAGCUUUAACCCUCUCUCAUUACAGACGCUAUCAUUUUCUGAUUUUCCCUUACCGAAUCAAUAGAUGGCACUGCCUUAAUUGGAUUUACACUCCACAUUUUGUAACCUUUAGUUAGGGGACAACCUGCAUGAGACGGAAACAAGUUAUAAUCUUAACUCCCACUCGACAAUGUAUUUGUAUCCCAAGAUGAGACCCUCGAUCAUGGUCCAUCUUCUCCCUUAUUCUUCCCUAGGAAACAUGUAGAAGCAGGUAAAGAGAAUUAGGAUGUUGACAUCAGGGACACCGGCCGUUAGAAGACCCUCUAAGCGGUUUACGGUUGGUUCGCCAAUGAGUCGUUUCGCCAACGUCCUGUUCGCUAACUUCUGAAGUCGUUUCGCUUAUGUGUUGGGGCAGUACCUUAACUGCUUUUACCUGAUCAGUGGCUGAAAGAACGAAGUAUAUACAUGCGUAUAACAUUUUGUUUGUGUCAUGGCUAAGAGAACGAAGCAUAUACAAGGCGAAGCCUUCGUUUCCCUUCUUAGCGAAACAACAUAAGACAUUAGCGAACGGGACGUUGGCGAAACGACUCGUGACACGUAGGCGAAACAACCGGCCACCCUCUAAGCUACGGCUCGAACCACAGGCAAAUGCUAAAUAUUUGUUAACUUUAUUACAAGUGCAGUCAUUGAGUCGUCGUACUUCUUCCCUCAUUAGAGACCUUUAGAUUCAAGGACGAGAACGACUACGAGUGCGAGAUUUGACUUCAAGUUUUUUCACGUAUUCUCAAAAUAUAGACUCCCCGGAAAGCUUCAUUUUACCAUUUUUCACUAGAAAAGUUAGCACCGUUACCUUUAGUGAAGGAGGUUGCACCCUGAACUGAUUGCAAAAUAAUAAAACUUUUAACAUUUGAUAACUUGUUUCCGCAACUUCGACAUUCUCGCUAAAACUCGUAGUAGAGUGACGACGGCUACCACGUUUUCCCGCCAAAAUGACGCUGGUUCACGCGGGUGCAGUACUUAGUAUUGAGAAAAGCUCGUACUCGUAGCCGUACUCGUCUUAGAAUCUAAAGGUCUCUAUUCAUUUGCAUUUAAAAUGUGGUAUCUGCUACAGAGAAUUGAGGUUUUAACAGUAGGCAUUAAAAGGUUUAUUAAUUGUAUUUAUCCUGUAGAAUCUGAUGCUGACUCAGCGGAUUCCCUGAGGUUAGAGAAUGAAAAACUGCGAACGCAAGUUGAGAGUUUGAAGGCAAUUGCUGAACAAAACACAAGUUUGAUGUGGUCCAUGCAGAGUUAUCAGUACCAGGCAGAGGAGAUAAGACAGCAGUACAACAACAUGAUAGCAGCUAAAGAUUAUGAAGUAUGGAAACCCUGCAUGAAAAUUCUUAGUCUUUGAAGGGUCUGAACCCAUUCAUUUUUGUGCUAAAUAAAACUAUGGCACCUUGCAAGGAGCGCCUCCUUUUGUCUUCUUGAUUGAGAAGGAGGGUAACUGGUCAAGUCGCCCGAAAGUUAUCUCGCCUCAAACCAGAAUUAAGUCGCCCGAAAUGCUGAGUCAUGUCGCCCGAAUUUUCAGGUGAAGUGCAUAGAGAAACAAAGUGAAUUUUUGUGAAAUAAAGAGUGUGUGUAACAUAUCUCGUUCUUUAAACCAUCAUUAGACGAAACAAGCGGAAUGAAUGUGUAACAUACCUCGCUCUUUAAGUGAUGAUGAGACGAAACAGGCGAUAUAUUAAGCUUAUGUGUAAUAUCUCUCGCUCUUUAACCAUUGAUGAACAACGAAACAAGCGCGAUAAAUGAGUAAUAUAUCUCGUUCUUUAAUCUUCGAUGGGACGAAACAAGCGCGAUAAAUGUGUAAUGGGAAUGCUAUAGGAUGUUGUUGAGCGUGAUAAGAUUUCGAGCCACCUAAUUCAGCAUUUCGAGCGAUUUGACUAAAAUUGUCGGGCGACAUAACUCUGAUUUCGGGCGAGAUUACUUCGGGCGACUUGACCAGGAGGAGAAGAGGACUCUCUGCCUGAAUCGCGUCAAGCCUUUGAAGUCACAGCAACCCGGAUUUCUGGACUAGUCAAUCUUGUUUUCUCUCGUCAAACUGGUUUUUUAAUGCAAGCAUCCAUUUGUUGAUAAAAUUGCUGGUCAUGACUGAGCCCGCCGUACUAAGCGCAUGGCUCUUAGGCCUGGAUUGGAAACUUUAUCCAACCAGUAUGCAGGUCUCGAUUCAUGCAGUCUUUCUCGAGUACAGCAAUAUUGAUCGAACAAGCGAAAGAAAGGCUCUGCUGGCUGGUUGAAACUAUCUUUUAAGGCUAGUAGAAUCCAUCUUCGCCACCCUCUGAACUGAGCGCGAACUACUGUAACUAUUCAAAGCAUAAUAGAAAACACCCAAGCACGGCAAAUUUUUAUAACAUAAUUGAUUUUAGCUGAUUUUAGGGAAAUAAAACUCUAAAUACAUAAAAAAAUACGAGGUAUUUUUUUUAGAUGAAAGCUGUAUUAGGCAUAUGGGCAGUUACACGGUAUCCACAGUAGAAGUAAUUAUGAAAUUUACCUUUUUUUCCUUCCUGUUAGAUAUUUAGUCUGACGAAAGCUCUGCAAGAUGCGAAUAUCCUCACUGAUCCAAAGGUAGUGUAAACGCAUUGAUAUCCUGUCCUUUUGUUUGAACCCUUCAAGCUCCAAGGAUGAUAGCCAUUAAAUUUAUCCUGGUUUGUAAUCCAGAAAAGACAUCGCAAUAUAGGACGUAACCAUACAAGAUGGAUUCUCUUGGCGUGUUUUCAGCAACUUGUGUUUACUACUUUUUCGUUUUCGUUGUCUUCUCUCUUAGAGGUCAUGGGAAUAAAGUCAUAAUUACGGUCAUCUCGUCUGAAGUUAUGUCGCCCGUAACCAGAAUUAUGUUCAAAACUCAAGUGAAACCGUUUUUUGACCAAGAGUUAAGGCAAUGGAUAAUCGUGUUAAUUGCGCUUUUUCCAGUAGCAAUUUGUUGUUGCUGUCGCUGUUUAUUUAUAUUUUUUAGCAACGGUUUUUUAACUGCGGCAAGUUUAGGUCAGUUUAUGGUAGAGCGCUGGUCCAUUUGGCGGGAGUUCGUAGGUUCGACUCCCGGGGUUGGACCAAACCUCAGCUAAACCUCACAAUCUUCACAAAGGCGAUUCGAUUCCCCACCUCCUUCCCAUCUCAUCUUGUUUGUAGGCUCGUUCUCAAAACAAACGAAAUAAAACUUUAUAAGAAUGCAAGACUUUUCUUCUGAUUUUCAGAGAGCGAUGGCUGAGUUCGAAAUUCUAGUUGACCUGGGCAAGGAUAGCCAUAAUGUCACAGACAUGGACCUCGAUACAGAAGAACUCACAGAUGAUAACGAAAACGGCAACGAGAACAGCAAGCUUCGGAUGCAGGAUGAAAUUGGUGGAAUGGAAGAGUUUACAGAGAAAAGCGCAGAAAAUGGAACUGGUGUGGAUCCUGCAGAUGGUAGUGGAGGUUUGCAGAGUGACAGUUUGGGUACAGAGCUGGUGGAAGUUAGCAACAGUAAAGAACUUUGUCUUGAAAGUUAUCCUGUGCAGGAGGUACCAGUGAAAGAGGGUGAUAUUGGGUACCCUGUUGAAAGUGAAAACGUAGACAUUGAAACAGAAGAAAAGGGGAUCAAAGAGGAAGUGACAGAUGAGAAGCUUGAUGAAGGUAAGGUGGCAGAUGACAAAAAGAGCAAUCAAGCUGAGGAAGACAUAAACACCGAGGGGAAGGCGGAGGUAUUUGUCGAAGAUGAGAAGAGCCACGAGGAAGAUGCGGAAAAACAAACCGGUCAGGAAGAGAAAGAAACUGAAAAAAUGAAAGAAGUGAAAGAUGACAACGUAGAAGAAGAAGGGAGUGGCCGCUUUGUGGAGAUCGAUGACGAGCAGUUUGAAGUGAUUGAUGACAUGGAUGAGGAAGACAGCGAUGAUGAUUACAAAGAAAUUACGGCUGUGAGCAGUUCUCUGCAGGUCUUUGAUAACAGCGCCCAGAAAGUUCAAGACAAUGAAAAGGCUGAGUAUAUGAACAGUGACCGUGCAAACGAACAGCUUGCGAGUGAUUCAGCUAAUUACGCUGAACAUGACUCUAGUACCCAAGAAAAAACGCAACAAAGCGAAGAUGAUUACAAAGAAGUCAACGCGCAGCAGCAGGUCACCACCGACUCAUCAAAUUACCAACUAAAUUACGAUUCUCAGUAUCAAGCCUGGCUCUCAGCAGCUGUGAACAGCCGUCCAUCUAUGAAUUACGGACCCAACCAGGUGCGCAUCUCCGGAGAGGAGCUCGUACUUGUUGGUAUUAUAUGUUCCUACCUCCAGCUUUGCCCCGCAGGAGCUACAAGUGGCGAGAUACGAGAUUACCUGUCGAGGCAGUUCAAGGAGCGAAGAAGGGAUGUGGUAGAUAGAUUGCUUUGCAGCUUGCCUGUUUUGUUCAAGGCAGAGGAUGCUAGUGGAAAUGCCAAGUGGAAGUUCUGUGGAUUAGAGAAGUUGGCUGAGGCAAAAGGCGAGAGCUGAAGAAACGUACAGAGACACCAAGCAGACAUGGCUGCUGUUCAUGCAUAUGUCGUAUCUGAUAGCAACUUAAGACGGAAUCCACCAGGACUUUGAGUAAUUUUGAUUUUCAGUGGACAAUAAUCUUGUACCAGAAUAAUUUAAGCAUACUGCAUUCUUUCUUACAUUUUUCAAGGGCUAAAGAUGUAAUAAAACAUCUGUAGUAAC